UGAUCUUCUGCACUUCCUCAUCAUCCGUGGAGCCCGGAGUGCUGGUCAGAUCGGGGUUACUGUUACUAAUACUCCUGCAGCGGGCAAGGUUAAGACUGCUGGGCCGCCCCGUGGCACGAGAGAGCGUGGCAGACUGGUCCUGCUGUAAUCUGCAGCCGCUCUUAUGCAAUCCAGCACCUCCCCAGUCCCUAUAACCGGCAUGCCUGCUGUAUGGUCCUCCUCACUCUGCCAGCCACCCCUUGCCAUGCUGCUGGUGCUCCUCAUGGUCCUGCUGCCGCUCUCUCGGGGAGAAGAGCAGAAGAAGCCGGCGCUGCAGGAAGACGUCAACGUGCUGGUGUACGGGACCCUGCAGCUGGGGCAGGCGCUGAAGAACACUUACGGUUCUACCGGCGACAAGCUGCAGAGGAUUGUGGGUAAACAAGGCAAGCUGGAGAAGAAGAUGGAGAGGCUGCAGGCGGAGGUGGAGAGGGCGAGAUUGGAGAGGAGAAGGAUUGGCGAGGAGGUGGAGAGGCUUCAGAGAGAAGAACACGAGAGGAGAUCUGUCUCCCACAGAACGGCGGAGGAUCUGCGGAGCGCCCAGAAGGCGUAUGCAGAGAUCCGAAGACGGGUGCACGAUCUGGAGAAAAGGGUACAAGCAAAGGAGCAACUCCUCCCCUCCAUCCUAAAGAAGCGCGUAGAACAGCGGGAGCUAAUUCUCCAAGUCCUCAGCGAGGAAUCGACGCGGCAGAAGAAGCAGAUGGCGGCACAGAGGACAAGGCUUCUCACCAUCCUGAAGCAAGCCUCCGCUACUGGCUCCAGCUGACAGUCUACUGAAGAACCCCAAGGGUCAUUCUUCUACUGGGGCAGGACCCCCCCCCCUUGAACAUGGACUGAGGACAACCUGUUGUGGAUCCAAUAAGUUUCCCAUAAGACAGCUAAAAGACAAGACCACGUCGCUCAUGGACAUAGAUGGCACCAUGCCAACCAAGAUGCUGGUACGUUCCGAACGUCACAUCAUGUACAUAUGAAAAAUGGACAACGGUAGUGCCAAUGGGGGUUACCACCGAGAUCCUAAACAAAACCUCAAUCUGCAUUAGGGUACCAAACUUUCUGCCAGUGUCACCAUUUACUGCAGUUCUAUUCUUACACCAGUAAGCUCAGGAUGAACAAAGCUUUGGGUCUGAACCUUGUAUGUGUAACUGUACGGUUGUAUUAUUGUGCGCUAUAUAUAUAUAUAUAUUUUGGAGGGUGCUGGUUCUCCUUGGGGAGAUCCAGUGAAUGCAGGCAAUGCCCUCUGGGAAUAAUAUGCAAAUUAGCUCUUCUCCAAAAAAGGAAGAAAAUGGCCUCUCUAGUGCCACCUACAGGUGGCUGCCCUGCAAGCAGAGCAGGGGUGAGCAACCAGGUAUGCCCUCCAGGUGUGGUGGAACUACGACUCCCAGCAUGCACACUUGCUUGGCUGUUCUCAGAACUCCCAUAGAAGUGAAUGGAGCAUGCUGGGAGUUGUAGUUUCACAACAGCUGGAGUGCCGGACGUUGCUGACCCCUGUUGUAUAGUCUUGAAACCUGCCUCUGGUUGUCAGCUAAGCCAGAGACAUGUUUAGGCGUUGUCGCUCCCCACGCGGCCUCUGUAAUAAGCGAUAACCGUUGUGUAUUAUUUAUGGAGUAUAAUAUUCUGGGAAGUGUUCUGAUAAAAGCAUCAAUAAAACAUUACCUGUG